AUGGACUCUACUAUGCGCACCUCCAGCGACAGCGAGCGCUCGUCUCUCUGUCCCUCUUCUACAACAUCUCUUCCGUCUUCCUGGCCUUGGGCGGACUCUGUCGAGUCCCCUCAGGUGUAUCCUUCGCCCGAAUCUCCUCCUCCUGAAUUCGUACGCAGGAAAGAGUUGCGCAAGAUCUACAACCUUCUCCAUCGUCUCAGCAAGGGAAAGGCAGACCGCACAGCGGGCAAUCGAAAAUUCACUGUCGCGCUCGAAGAUUGGUGUGAACUGAAAGAUGAGAUCUUCUUGAAAGGCGAUAUCAUCAGCAGUGAAACCAGAGCGUGGGCAGGCGAUAAACUGCACUAUCACUACGACGCCGACGAAAGCACAUUCGAAGUCAAGAUGCCCGCCGGUGUGCUCCACGAGAAGAUCAAAGUCGGAUUCAGGAAGCUACUAGAGAAAAAGCUGGAAGCAUUUCACGGAGCCCGUGCAACAGAGCUUCCGCCAGGUUUCGUCUUGGAACAAUUCGAGGACCAUGGUCAACCAGUAACUGACUUCGACACUGGCUCAGAACGCGAACCUGACGUUGCUAUGGGGGUUGUAGGCUUGUGGCCACCUCCAUUCAUGGCCGAAAUUGCCGACAGCCAGAGGGGCGUACUGGAAUUCCGCGGAAUAUCCAAGAGCUACAUCCUCAGGUCCAAGGGUAAAGUCCGAACCAUGGUGGGUAUCGACAUCGAAUAUCGCGAUCUCGCAAAGCGGCAAGUCGAUGACAGUAUCACUCGAUGGUGUACCUAUCAUAUAUUCCGCCGGAGAAUGGAUGGCAAGAAGCUGUCAGUAGCCAAUGGUAGCCCGGAUCCCGUAGCGUUCAAGGACGCCAGUGGUGUCGUGAACGCGAACUCUCGAAUUCCGUUAACAUUAGCCGAUUUUGUGCGGUCGGAUGGAGUUGAUCUCAGCAACCUGGACCUGGACAUCACUCAUCAAGAGCUGCAUGACGUUACGGUGGAGGCGGAGAAUGCGCUGAAAGUGCAACAAGCCGCCAAGCUCCUCCCUGAAGAGGAUGUCGAGAUCGUUGACUCCGAUGACUCAUCCAGUCCGGAACAAGAUGACGAUAGUACUGGUGAUUAUGAAGCAACGUCGGUUAGCACGCAGGAUACACACGGCAGUACCAAGAGGAAGCGUUCAACAACCGGAGAGGAGAACGUGGACUGGGCCUUUGCCCAUGCCCACCAGCGCGCAGCCUCUCCAAGUGUUGUGAUCAAGAAGCUAAAAGAAUAG